AUGGAUUUUAGCGAAGCCAGGAAAACCAUUUUAAAUGUACUGGCGAGAACAGAUCUUCAUCAUGUCCCUAAACUGAUCAAUUGGAUAAAAAAUUCGGAUGAUAUUGAUAACUUCAUGGUUGAUAAUAAAAAAACCAUACUCAGAAGCAUUGCAGAUAAUAUUAGGGAUUAUCUUCCACUGGAGGCUAUGUUUCCAUCAGAGACCAUGGCCAUUCAAAAGACCCAGCAGAACCCCAAACCUACGUUGCACGUGGAUGCAUUUUUGUAUGAGGAGGAAACAGUAGAUUCUCUCUGUGAUGAGGGCAAAAUGAGCCGCAACUUUUGUCUUAAUUGUGGAUCACACAGAACAGCACUAAUUGAGUUUAUCUCCCAUUCAUUUUCAAUCUCGGAGCUCCAGUUCCUGUUUCAUCAUGUACUUCCAGACCUAAUGGGAAAGUUGGUAGUAGAUGUGGGUUCCAGGCUUGGAGCGGUGCUUUACGGGGGCUACCUCUACAGUGCUGCAGCACAACUUGUUGGAGUAGAGAUAAGCAAAGAGUUUGUCAAGCUUCAGACAAUGAUUGUGGAGAAGUAUGGUUUCAAUGACCGAGUUCAGGUGAUUCAUGCAGAUAUCUGCUCUCAAAAUGUGUUGGUGCAAAAUGCAGAUGUGCUAAUCAUGAACAAUGUGUUUGAGUACUUUAUGGAGCCCAAAGACCAAGUGAGAGCCUGGGAGUUCAUAAGUCAAAGUUUUAGAAAGAAAGGGGCACUGUUGGUAACUGUUCCAAGUAUUCAAGAAGCUCUGGUGUCCCUCCAAGAAACAAAUAGAGCAUCAGCAAUUGACGAUUGGUUGGAGGAAGUGCCCAUUGAUUAUAGUGCUUAUGUGCAAAGUGACACUGACCUAGAUUCUCUCAAACAGAUACAUCUAUAUAGAGUAGUUUAAACAUGGGAAAAUAGCCUCUAGUCCUUUCAUUUGGAUUUGCUAAGUGCCACAUUAAAGCACAAGUUUAGUUUA